UUUCAUGGCCAUUUUCCUUAACCCAUUUUCGCUUGCCCACGCUUCAUUUGAAAAUUUGAAAGAAGUUAUAUACAAAGAAAGGGAAAAGACCAUGGCUCCGAGAUCGAAACCCAGCCCGAUUAACUCGAUUUCCGACCCGAUUUCCAAGGAGAUCCGCUACCGUGGCGUUAGGAAGCGCCCAUGGGGCCGUUACGCAGCCGAGAUCCGGGACCCGAGAAAAAAGGCCCGAGUCUGGCUCGGCACCUUCGACACAGCUGAGGAAGCAGCGCGUGCCUACGACGCGGCGGCAAGGGAGUUCCGUGGCGCUAAGGCAAAAACAAACUUCUCCGAAAACAACGUAAACGACUUCACGCGCAGCCCCAGCCAGAGCAGCACAGUGGAGUCUUCUUCUUCGCCGCCUCGGGAACUCACUCUCGCCAGCGCGUGUUCUUCGCUCCAUGUGACGGCGAAUCGUCCGGUAUAUUUCUUCGAUGCCUUUGCGUCUACCGGGUCGGGUUGCCCGAAAACCGGUGGUGCUCAGAGCGACUCCGAUUCGUCGUCCUCGGUUGUAGAUUUUGAAGGCGGAUGUCGGCGGAGAGUGUUUGAUCUUGACCUUAAUCAGUUGCCCGUUGAGAUGGAUUGAUUUCUCUAGUUUUUUUUCCACUUGUCGUUUUGAGCUUCGAUCAUCUGCGUUUUGGGCUUUCCUUUAGUCUUUUUUUUUAGAAAACAAAAUGGCACUUUAAUGUAUCAUGUAUGUAGAAAAAUGGUAACAUCUAGUGAUCUAUAGUUUUGACAACCUGAUAAAAUUUUCUCAAUGUUGUUUCUCCUUUAUUAUAAUUAAAAUUUGAAUAACAAUACUAAAUAUUUUCAUA